UUGAUUUGUCAUGUCAGAGUGUGCGGUGAGCGGCUGGAAAAUAAGUUGCCUGAGGUUACCAGCUUGGCUAAUUUGUUUCUUAAGACAAACUGUGGGAUCAAGGUUGGGCUGGUCAACCAAGAAAUGGUGCAAACAUGGUUAGACUUGAUAAGUAAUGAGGAUGGCUCUCGAAGAAAUUACGGUGGGAAGUAUGUAGCUAGCAGGUCUCCCGACCUUAACAAAUCCAGCGAAAUUGUGCGGAUUGGCGAUAACUUCGCUAAUACCGCCUUUCGCUCGAAUGUCAUGUCAACAGUUGAAGAGGCUCACAUUCACGCUGCUCGAAAACAGAGAAAUGGUAAGUGUCGCUUAAAAGCAGCAUGCGUGAAUAGGCUGCCUUAUAAGGAAUUGAACUUGCGGCUAGUUGGCCAACAUGGCGAAGCUGUACAAUAUUUCGUACGGCAUAAAUAG